AAAUUGGGAAAAGAGGGGUUCGGGAAACAACAACCAGGUAGCAGUGAAGCGGUUGAAUUUCACCUGACAUUCAACAACAACAGCAUCAUAGCAUAACAAUCAUUCCCUUCUUUCUUUUUCGAAAGUUUCAAUUGAAUUUCUCAAAUUAAUUCGUGUUGUUCACAUCACGCAAAUAAUUGAUUGAUCAUCAUCUCAUACAAGAAUGGCGGAAGGGAGUAAUACUCCUGUUCUUCUUCCUGAUUUGUUGAAAAACACGCCUUCCAAUAUAGCUAGAUUGGAAGAUGUUGUUCGUUGGUAUUUUUGUAAGACCUCUUUAGCCCCUAAUGGUUGGAAUUGAUAAAGAUCAUUUUCUCAUGAUUGAUUCAAAGGAUAUCAAUGGACUUGGCAGUUAUUUUGAUGGAAUAUCAAUUGCUAUAACUACUGUUAAUUCUAAUUAUUGAGACUUUUCACUCCCAACACUAAAAAAAAAAAACUGAUAUUGCAAAUGACUGUUUGGUUGGGUAGUGGGAUUUUAAUGAGAUACCACAGAUUGUGUUGUAUAUAUAGACCAAGGAUCAUCACUCUAUUAUUCACUGAACAUUGAAAUCACAGUUCUAGGUAAAACUCUUCCUUACGGCGCUUGCUACCACCAUGGCUCCACUCAUCACUCCUGUUGCUGCCAUUGUUGCUGGAAAGAUCAACAUCAAGCUUCGAGUUCGUGUCGUUCAUGUUUGGACCGUGUCUGAGUUCAACAACCCAAAUGAGGAUAACUCUAUUCACAUGCUAUUGCUUGAUGACAAGCUUGGAAAGAUACAAGCAUCUGCUAAGAAACAUUUGGUGCCAAGGAUAAGGUCAAACGUAGAAGAGGGAUCUACAUACGACAUUGAAAAUGUUUUGGUGACUAAAAACGAUCCUAAGUAUCAGGUUACCCAACAUAGGUUCAAGCUAAACCUUAUAGACAACACGAAGUUCUUUAAAAUUGAUGCAGCUACCAUUCCUUUAAAUCAUUUCGAUUUUAUGCCUUUCAAUGAAAUAUUGGAGGCAGAGAGGGAGGAAAAGGUUGUCGAUGUGAUUGGACAAGUCGUUGAGAGAGAUGAAUUGAAAGAGAGGGAUGUCAAUGGCCGUAGGAGUAAGAUAAUGGAUCUUACCUUACAAGAUUCUGAAAGUAGGAGAGUUCAUUGCACUUUAUGGGCUAACUAUGCUGAGAGGAUGAAUUCAUUCCUGGCAGCUCAUGAUCCAUCAUCACCUGUCAUUGUUUUGAUCCAACAAUGCAAGCUAAAAAAAUACCAAGGGAUCAUGGGCGUUUCCAAUGCUUUUUUUGGAACUAAACUACUACUGGAGGGUGACUUGCCAGAAGCUAUUGAAUUCAAAUCUAAAAUUGAUGGUGGAGAUGUGCAAGUGUCUCAAUCUAUAAGUCAGAAUACAACUUCAACAGUUGUCUCUUUGGUUGAUGAUAUGCUUCAGACUAAGAGAAUGACAAUUGAGGACUUAAUAGAGGCAACUGAGGGAUUGUUCUCGCUACAAUUUGUGGGAUCGAAUCAGAAUACAGUUGGUAUUACCAGGCAUGUACAAAGUGCGCAGGGAGAGUGAGAACUGUUGCAGGUCGUUUGUAUUGUGGAAAGUGUAACACUGGAAGGAACGCAGUGCCAAGGUUCAAAUUGCAUGUUCAAGUCAUGGAUAACACUGGAUCAACAAGCUUUAUACUAUUUGACCGUAACGUUUCAAGUUAUGUGAACAGAACUGUACAAGACAUGAUUGAUGCUCAG